AUGCAUGCUAUUUCUGGCGCAGAUGUUACUGGGGCUUUCAAUGGCAAAGGAAAAACUUCUUUCUGGAGGAGAUUCAUAGAUGCAGUUGAGGAUGUGUUGAAAGCGUUGGCAUCACUAGGUGAUUCAAUCAUCAAAGAUGAAACGUACGAGAUCAUUGAAAAAUAUGUGUGCACCGUGUACCUACGUCCAACAGAACAUAAUCGAAUUUAUACUCUGAAAGAGUUGAGAUUGUGGUUUUUCACGCAAAAGCAGGCUGUUGCAGGACAUAUGCCACCAACGAGUGCAGCUUUGCGACCUGCAGUACGUAGGGCAAACUACCAGUCUAUGGAGUGGAGUCGAUGUGACGUACCACAUCCUUCUCUUCCACCAGCUCAAGACUUUGGAUGGAAGAUUGAAGAUAGAAAGUUGGUACCUCAACUUUGUGACCUUCCGUGUGGACCAGAAGAACUGAUUUUGCUCACGAAGUGCUCGUGCAGUCGCGGAAGGUGUGCACAAAAAUGCAAAUGUGUUUUGAGUCAACUUCCAUGUACCGAGAUGUGUGCUUGUCUUGGCGAAGAACAAACUUGUAAUAACAUUCACAAUGUAAUAGAAACUAUCAGUGACGACGAAUAA